AUGUCUAAAAUUAAAUAUAGUCUUGAAUUAACUGAUUCUUGGUACAAAAUACGUGCUAUCAUUGACCAGCCACUUCAAAGAGCUAUUUUGAAGUCUAAAAUAAGAAUUGGUUAUAAGUUAGAAAUAUGUGGUGUUAAAAUCGAAUGUAAAUCUACCGGAAUAUCAGUUCUUGAAGCUUUAAGCUCAAAAAUUCGCCUUAAACUUUCUAAUUGGGAUGCAAAAUUAGGGAUCAGAAAGUUUCAUCCAUAUGCGUUAUUACGAAGUCUUUCAUCUGAUGGUGGAUUUGUUCAUGCAAUCAAUAUAAUAAUACAACGAAAAUAUCCAUUGUUUUUUCGCGAAUCUAUGAAAGAUGGUACUGUGGUUGUGCGAGAUGUAAAGAACGAAGAAAGGGCAAGAAAAGAACAGGAAUUGUUAAUAGUGACGAAUUUCAAAGUAUUACUUCAGGUGAAGAAUAAUUUAGAAGCCUUUGAAUUCUCUCAAAAUAUGAAUUCGAAACAAAUCGAAAGAUUGCAUGAUUACAUGCAAAGAAAAGAACAGAAAAAAGCAUCAAAAAUGAACCAAUGGAUCUCAGAACAAUUAGAAUCCUGA